GGAUAACGUCUCCUUCAACCCGCAGCACAGACUCAUUUCUCUCCACACCAGCUCUGAGUGGAUGCUCAGCAGGGGUGUUUGAGAUAUUAGCGCGCUGUGGGGGGCAACAGCUCAGGGACUUCUACCAUCCACAUACAAAGAGCCGCCAGUGAGGAGGAAUAUGGGCAAAUCCGAAAGUCAAAUGGAUAUCAUGGAGAAAUCAAGUAAACCAGGAAAGCGUCGUUGGACUUUUGCAGAAAUCGGUCUGUCCGUCCUGCUGCUGUUGGUCAGCUGCGCCUUGGCCGGGCUGGUAGUCCUCUACACAUCGAUUGUGAACGAACAAUCUAACAAGAAGAAUGCGUCAAGGAGCUCAACAAGUGAAGGCCAGCUGUUUCGCUCCAACCUCAACAGUGUGUGCACAACUGCAGACUGUGUUACUGCAGCUGCUCGGCUCCUGCGGAACAUGGAUAAUUCUGUGGAGCCGUGUGAUAAUUUUUACCAGUAUGCUUGCGGGGGUUGGCUGGAGAGACACGUUAUCCCAGAGACGAGCUCCCGCCACAGCGUCUUUGACAUUUUGAGGGACAAGCUGGAGAUUGUCCUCAAAGGUGUCCUUGAGACAGAGAAAGAACAGGACAGAAAUGCCAUCAAGAAGGCUAAAGUCCUUUACAACUCCUGCAUGAAUGAGAGCCUCAUAGAGCAGCGUGACGCCCAGCCCCUCCUGAAGCUCAUUGAGAGUAUUGGAGACUGGCCGGUGGCAUCAGAUGCCUGGAACACCACGACAGAGGAAGCAUGGAGCCUUGAGGACACGCUGGCAAAGCUUACUGCUCGUUUCCACAAGAAGGUUCUGCUGGACAUGUACGUGUGGACGGACGACCGAGACUCUCGGCGCCACAUCAUUUAUAUUGACCAACCAGGACUUGGAAUGCCAUCAAGAGACUAUUACUUCAAUGAUGGAAACUACAAAAAGGUUCGAGAGGCCUACCUACAUUUCAUGGUUUCUAUCGCAAAGAUAACCCGAGAGGACAGAAACUUGACUCAGGAUGAUGACCGUGUGUGGGAGGAAAUGAUGCAAGUGCUGGAACUGGAGACAGACAUCGCCAAUGCCACAUCACCAGCAGAGGAGCGCCAAGAUGUCACUGUUCUCUAUUACAAGACGACACUUGGAGAGCUGCAGAGCACAUUCAGCUUUAAUGGUUUUAACUGGACACAAUUUAUUCAAGGCGUGCUGUCCAGUGUGUCCGUUGAGGUGCAGCGAGAGGAGGAGGUGGUGGUUUACAGCUCCCCUUACCUUGAGAAGAUGAACAACGUUCUCUCCAAACACAGUGUCAGAACUAUGCAGAACUACCUCACCUGGCAGCUCAUCAUUGACAGAGUUAAUAGCUUGAGUCGCCGUUUCAAAGACGCCAGAGCCCGUUACAGAAAGACUCUCUAUGGGACCACUGUGGAGGAUGCUUGGUGGCGAGAAUGUGUCCGUUAUGUCCAGAGCAGCAUGGAGAAUGCAGUCGGAGCUCUGUAUGUGCGUGAAACCUUCGCUGGUGAAAGUAAACAAAUGGUCAGUGACCUUAUCGGUAAGAUCCAGAAAGCGUAUGUGGAAACACUGGAAGAGUUGAGCUGGAUGGACUCUCCCUCAAAGGAGAAGGCAAGAGAGAAGGCCAUGGCAAUCAAGGAGCAUAUUGGCUAUCCGGAUCAUAUUCUGCAGGAGAGCAACCAGAAGCUUGACCAGGAAUACACUCAUCUGAAUUUUAGUGAAGAGCACUACUUUGAAAACAUUCUCGAGAACCUCAAGUCUGAAGCACACAAGAGUCUGAAGAAGCUCCGAGAACCAGUUGACCCUGACUUGUGGAUCAUUGGUGCUGCUGUGGUAAAUGCAUUCUACUCACCCAACAGAAACCAGAUCGUGUUCCCAGCAGGAAUCCUGCAGCCGCCUUUCUUCAGUAAACAUCAGCACCAGGCCCUUAACUUUGGUGGAAUAGGAAUGGUUAUUGGACAUGAGAUCACACACGGAUUUGAUGACAACGGGCGUAAUUUUGACAUGGAUGGUAAUAUGCUAAACUGGUGGAGUAAUUACUCUGCUGAGCAUUUUAAAGAGCAGUCCCAGUGCAUGGUGCAACAAUAUGGCAACUUCAACUGGAAGCUAGCGGGUGGGCAAAACGUCAGUGGAAUCAGCACUUUGGGGGAGAAUAUUGCAGACAAUGGAGGCGUUCGUCAAGCUUAUAAGGCUUAUCUAAAGUGGGUGGAGAUGGAGGGGGAGGAGCCUCGUCUACCUGGUCUAGACAUGAAUCACAAGCAACUUUUCUUUCUUAACUUUGCCCAAGUGUGGUGUGGUGCUUAUCGGCCUGAGUAUGCCAGCCAGUCCAUCAAGACUGACUCACACAGUCCCUUGGAGUACAGGGUGCUUGGAUCUCUCCAGAACUUCGAAGCCUUCUCAGAAGCUUUUCAAUGCCAAAAGGGCAGUCAAAUGAACCCCAAGCGGAAGUGUCGUGUCUGGUAGAAUGUUUUACUCUUGAGAAAUGUAUUUCUUGACUUGUUCAACUCAUAUCAAAAGAACAAGUUGUGCUCCUUAAACCCGCAGAGACACGCUGCUUAUUUCCAAUUAAUUUGGGGAUGUGAUGACACAGAUAUUUGCAUAAACAGUAAUGUAGAUGUCAUCACAAUGGAUGUCAUCCUAGACUACAUCCUAGUUUCAAAAGUUGAAGCCCAUACAUAUAGAAUAUAUAGAAGCAACUUGCUAAACUAUCUCCUCAAGUUUGAAGUGUUGUCUCUGGAUGUAGGUCACUUGUUCUGUUUUUUGCUUUGUCCCACGGCAGAUGAUGAGUGGGUACAUGAAUAAAAAGGCUACAUAGAAAACUAAGACCUUGUGAAAAAGGUUAAAGCUUAUACGGCUGGCUUUAAAUGCUUGGCCUGCCUUUCUUGAAUUAAUCCUUAAAGAAAUCUCUAGAGCAGAUCUUUGUGAUUUAUCCAGUAUUAUUUGGCAAAGAGCUGCCUUUGUUGUCUUUCCUCUGAUGUAUUGUUGUCAAGACAGUCUGUCACUUCAGAAGAAACAAUAGUGAACAAAUUUAACUCUGACUGAAGAGUAUGAAAUAAAUGGAAGCUCUGGGCUUUGCCAAAGUAGAGCUACAAUAGAAUUAGUCACACUCUAAGAGUUUGUUCAUUUACUGUUACAUGAAACAAAUUACCUAAAGACUUUAAGACUGUUAAAUUUUUGCAGCUUUAACCUUAAAUUAACAUUCUAAGAAAGCUGCGGCUUUCAACAUUUUUUACACUUACAGAGUGGAUCAAUCUAAAAAAAUGUACAAAGCUAUUAAGUACUUUUUGGAGGAUCAUUUUUUUUCUAUGUUUCUUUAUCAUGUCCUGCAAAUGAUUGUUGCUCAGUACUCACUGCAGAAAUGUAUACGUAUGUCAUGAAAGCUUUCCUAUAAGAAACCAUAUUCCAGAUGUUUCGAAAAAUACUGGUGGCCUGCUACUUUUUUUAGCUUGUGAGAAAACACAUGUUGGUGAUGUGAUAAUGAUAAAAACAAACAAUGUAUAUCACAUUAUUACAUUAAUAGUUACUGCCAAGUUUAGAUACAGGUUUGGAUAAACAGUCGGUUAGGUGUUGUGUGUUUGAAGCUCGCUCGCUCGCUCUCUUUUUUCUGCUUUCAUACAUUCAACCUUUUACCAGAUAUUGUCUGACAAGUCAUAUAAUGUGCCAUUUGUUAAAUGACAAUGGCAUUUUCCUACUGUAUUGAAUAUUACAAUAUCUGCUUGUAUCAUAUCUGUACGUUUACAUUUCAGUCGAGAUGGGGAUCGAUAUGUAGACAAACUAUUAUUUCCUUCCCCUGAGAAGAGACGCAAACACACCGUGAUAACAAGACUUUUAGCCUCUGGUAAAGCCAAUUACAUGCAAAGGGAGAAGAAGACCCUCCCACACACAUGAACAGGCAACAGAUGAAGUGCUUUGUCCUCUGAUCUCGCAUUGAUCAGUGCUGUGUAAGAUUAAAGGCUGAAGUGCAGUGUGCUGAAUGAAGCGUGGUGACCGCUGCAGCCGAGCCGCGAGCCCACGGGCAGACACACACUGAAGUAUGGGGCUUGUCAUUAAAGAGAUGGCCAGGGCCAGGACUGUUAUUUUCUACCAUUUACUAACAAAUAAUGACAGGAGAAUCAAAGCCGAGCAGAACUCAUAAGAGAGGCACUGGUGGCAAGAAGCCAGCGUUGUUGUGCUGAGGAGAGCCUUUAAA